AUGAUCGCCUCAUUAUUUUUAAAAAAUCUGAAGAAGAAUGAGAGGAAAUUAAUCCAACAUCUGGUAAGGUGGGACCAUGGAAACAAUGUAGACGUUGGGCAAACAAGUUAUAAAAAAGUGAAAGGGGCCCAAAAUGUAGGAAGACUGAGCACAGUACGACAAAUAAAGGGUCAUAAAAAGGACCUGGUGAUGUGCCCAAGUAGCCAUUUAACUUGUGCAGGUUUGUUUUUCCCCUUCAAUUGGGACGGAAAUAUGAUGAAGGAUCUUCCGUUUCAAAUAACCAAGGGAAGGGUGUCCACUCAUUUAGAAUGUCACAAGUGGCGUAUGGAUGAGGAGAAGGUUGGCGAGAACAAUGGAGAGAAAUGUGUAAGCAUAGGUAGUACUAUGAAGAGGUUGAUUCCAUUUCAAAGGAGUUGUUUUUCCACCCGAGUUGGUAACCUGUGCAGUGGUGUUAAUAGAGGAUACUACACGAGAAGGUUCUUUGGCACCUCCUCAGAAGGUACUUCUGGUGGACAUUCCAAAGGGGAUAAUGCCAAGGUUAACAAAAUGGAAGGGCAAGCGCAGGGGGGCGCUAAAGGUGAAACUCCAAAUGGGGAAAACCAUGAAAGUGGAAGUCACUCAGCAGUGACGUCCACUGGUAACACAUCCAAUACUUCUGGCGAUAGUGAAAAGGCCCCACCAAACGGAAAUAAUGAAAAGCAAUCUCUGAAGCAAAUAUAUAUGCACAAAAAACAAAGAGAGAAGAUGAUCAAGAUGUACCUCCUGCUGAGCCUGUUGCUAAUGCCAUUCGGACAGGCAUACAUGUACUGUCUCGAGAAUGACAUAAGCAUGGAGGAAUUUUUAAAAAUUUUAAAAAAUAAAACAGAAGUGCUAGAAAAUAAAUACAACGAUAUAUUGCAAGAACUGAUUGAUAAAUAUUUUCCACUGAGUAAUGAGCCAUUAUUACCGGACUUCAAAGAUUUAAAUUACCCCGAAAAUUUACCAACCCUAGUUAUUGACCUCAAUUAUGUAAUAGCUAAAUUAGAGUAUGAUAGGAAAAGUGGAUGGAGAGUAUUGAAGAGACCCUAUGCUGAUAUGUUCUUUAAAGAGUUGUCCAGUUUUUAUGAAAUUGUUAUUUGGUCAGAAGAUAAUUUCCCAGUUGCACAGGAAGUCAUUUCUAAGUGGGGCAUACCUGCCAUUGGAUGCUUACACAGAGAUCAAUGCUCUAGGAAGAGAGGACAUUACGUAAAAGAUUUGAAGAGACUGGGUAGGAAUCUUGACCGAGUUGUUAUCAUUGACCACGAUUCGCAUGCCUUUAUGCUUCAGCCGGAGAAUGGAAUUCUCAUAAAAGAAUUUCAUGGCGAUGUUAACGAUAAGGAAAUUUUGUGCCUCAUCGAUUUGCUAAAGUCGUUUGCCAUCAGCAGCUACGACAUUUCGCAAUUUCUGAAAAAGUACGGGGGGGGCGACUACAACAUCGGGAAGCGGUACAUGCAAUUGAAGAGUGACACGGAGCAAAAGUCCCAGCGGAUAAGAAACUUUGGAAAAAUUUUCCACGUCGACGGGAAGAGGUCGCCCAACGGCAUGUCCUUCAACUCGUGA